GACCGCCGAACAUGUACUUCUAUCGUAUCUUUGGUUUGAUCGAACUGCGAGGAUUUUAUGCAAUGUCCUACCCUAAGUCCUAGAUGAAGACGUCGAAUUUUGGGCAGGAUUACUUUCAGCUCAAAUUUAGAACUCGAAACACUACAGACACUGAGUGGAGAACUUAAAGAACUAUAAUUGUAGCUUGAAUCUUCGUUUUCUUUGUCGACAGUUAAAUCAAUGCGAUCGUUCAUGCAUUCUAUGCAAAGAUAACACCAGACAGCACUGGAAUGUAUUCGGGUGUUGAGAUGAGACAAAAGAAAAAGCAAGAAACAUGUAAAGAUGAGCCGGAUUCUUUUCGUGAUAAACGUAGGUUGCUGUCGUACUGGAAGUCACUGGACUCAUCCACCUGUCCAGUUAACAAUGAAACUAGGAAUGGUGUUAACGACGAACUUUUGGUAGAACUGAGGAAGUGUUUAUCAGAGUUGGAUGAUUUGGAUUCAGUAUCGAGCAAGGUCGAACAAGAUGAAUCAUCUUUACAAAAGGAACAGUUAAGUCUUCUACAGCAACUUGGGGAGUAUUCUGUAUAUUUUAGUAAUCGUACACAUGAAAGUCCAGGUUCAAGUGAUAAUUUGAAAAACUCCAAGAGUGAUAGCGAAGUUCUUGAUGCUUUAAAAGCAGAAAGGAAAUUACUUCUUGAAGAAAAUGAGGUACUUGUAAAGCAAAUGGAAUUACAAAAGAAGGAAUACAAGUCUUCAAGUGGAGAACAACAGAGAGAUAUUGAAAAGUUGACGCGGGAAGUUCAAAAUUUCAACAUAUCUCGGAAAAAACUGGAACGUGAAUUGUUUCAAAUAACAAAACAAAGGAACGAAAAAGAAGUGACAAUUAACUCUCUACGCCAGGACUUGAAGAAAAUGAAAGAUACGUACGAAAUAGAGAUACAGAAAUUGAGAAAUAGAAACGACCAGGUUUCCCAGGAGAAUAGCCAGUUGGUGGAGAAAGGAAAAGAAGCAAUGGAGAACCUCAAGAUCGCGCUCCAGCAACUCACUGAAGAAAAGAAAGCAUUCCAAGGACAGAAAAAAUCAAGUUCAGGUAAAGACAUUCGAGAAAUCGAAGCUUCCUUGGAACGAGUUAAGAAAGAAAGAGAGGCGUUCCGACAGCGAUGUGAAAAAAGUGAGAUUCUUCUGAGAAAUUUGCAAGAAGAAAAUUCCUCCUUGAAAAUUGAAUUGCAACAAAAAGAGAAGGAACCACUAACCAGGUCUUAUAGCGGAAUCCAGGAUGGAGGAGAUGAAUCUUCAGAACACCGAGGACUCGAACGGGCUUACUCGAGGAUAUCUCAACUCAAAACGUCCGUCCAUAAUUUGGAAGAUCGAAUCAAAGAAAAAAACAAUACCAUUCUAUCGUUAAGAAAAGAGAAUGCACGAGCUAAUGAUAUCGCCAUGGAAAAAGCAUUAGAAAUUUCGAGGACUAAACGGAUUUUAGAGCGGAAAAUAGAAAAAUUAACAAAAGAGAACUCUGAAUUGAAAAGUAAGUUUUUAAUUCCGAGCAGCCACAGCAGAAGGAAUCAGGAGAACGAAAGCAAACAGGAUGAUCAGAAUCAAUUGUUAAGACAACCAGAGCGAAGUCUGCGUAGACGAUCGAACCCUGAAUGCCUUCCAAUUGAGACUUCGGUGAAACAUUUGAACAAUAAUGAAAAACAACCAUCGGAGACCAUAUCAAAGACAAUCGUAAAUCCUGAUGAGCAAGACCCAAGAAGCAGCAUUCUGCAUAUCCCGCUUGAUGUCACUCCAAAGAGAAGAAUCGGAGGAAAGUUCAUCAGAGCAAGUUCCAAGAGACAUAGUGCUGACUUGGGAAAGUUAAUGUCAAGACAUGAACCAGUCAUAAACAAAAAAUCAGAAAGUGAAAUGUUGCUUGAAGAUGAACCAGCGACAAUUUUUAUCAAUAAAUAUCAUAAGAAGAGCGAAGAAGAACAUUGGGUGUAACUUAUAGGGCAUCUGCAUAUAUCUAAAACGUCAAUGCCUACAUGGCCUAUUCAAAAUAGUCAUGUCUAGUUCAAACGAGACGCAAGUAAUCGCAAAUUUCAACUUCUGAGAUACUUGGAAAAAUAGGUUGAAAUAUCUGAUAUAAAAGUAAAGGAUGCAAUAGUGGGUAAUGUGAUUUGGUUGUAAUAUACGCAUUAAGAUGAAUAAACAACAUUGAUCAGG